AAAAAAAAAAAAAAUUCAGUAGCAUAUUUCCUCUGAUUUUUAAGAAAAGGUUGAAGGAAAAUGGCGGACGAGCUCUUCGAUGACAUAAUCUCAGAGUUCAAGGAAACGUUUAGCCUCUUCGAUAAGGAUGGUGAUGGUUUCAUCAGCAUGAAAGAGCUUGGGACCGUGAUGGCGUCUUCGGGGCAAAACCCAACAGAAGCCGAGCUCCAAGACAUGAUCAAUGAAGUUGAUGCAGACGGGAACGGGAAAAUAGAUUUCCCGGAGUUCCUGAACCUGAUGGCAAGGAAAAUGAAGGACACUACUGAUUCAGAGGAAGAGCUCAAGGAAGCCUUUAAGGCUUUUGAUAAAGACCAGAAUGGUUUUAUAUCUGCAGCAGACCUUCGUCAUGUGAUGACAAAUCUUGGGGAGAAUUUUACUGAUGAGGUAGUUGAUGAGAUGAUCCGCAAAGCUGGUGUUGAUGGCGAUGGUCAGAUCAAGUAUGAUGAUUUCGUUAAAUUCAUGAAUGCUAUUUGAAAAAAUUUGUGUUUAUUUAUAUGUUGUUUCUUUGUGUGGUUGAAAAAUACACAGACGUCCGAUUUUUAAACGGUAAAAUAUUGGUUUCUUUUUUGUUUUCUGAUCAAAUCGGA